GAUGUGGGCCAAUGAAUUGAGCUCCCGUCAAGAUUUUCUCUCUGACUUCCACGAAAAAAACAAAAACAGAAGAGAAAAGAAAAAAAAACAGUGCAGUGACUUCGAAAAUUUCAACUGAUACACGAAGAAUCACUCUCCAUACCUGUAGCAAUCAAUACCAUGACUUCUCUAUGCUUCAGUCCCUUCACUCCAUACCCACAAACCCACCCAAAAAUUUCGCCUCUAAGACCCAUCAAACCCACCAUUUCCAUAUUCACUCCAUACCCACAAACCCACCCAAGAAUUCCCUUCCUCAGACCCAUCAAACCCACCAUUUCCAUAUCACCAAAGCUCCCAAAAUCACCCACCAUCAAAUGUGUUGGUGGAGCUUCUGAUCACCCCCCAUCUGUGGCUCCCGCGAAACCCAGAUGGGAAAACAUGCUGUCCACUGCAGCCAGUCUGUACCCUAUCUAUGUCACAGUUGGAGGGAUUGUUGCUUGCUUGAGACCAUCUACUUUCUCAUGGUUUGUGGAGAGAGGCCCAGCUUCAUAUAGCUUGUCACUUGGGUUCAUCAUGCUCGCAAUGGGUCUCACAUUGGAGCUCAAAGACUUGCUCAAUUUGUUCAUGCAAAGGCCUCUUGCUAUACUUUUUGGAUGCUUUGCUCAGUAUUCAAUCAUGCCAACUUCUGCAUUGAUCAUUAGCAAAUUCUUGGUCCUCCCACCUUCUGAAUCAGUUGGCUUAAUACUGCUUGGUUGUUGCCCUGGGGGUACUGCCUCCAAUGUGGUGACCUUAAUUGGUCGAGGGGAUGUUCCGUUAUCUAUUGUAAUGACAAUCUGCACCACCCUUGGAGCAGUGUUGCUCACUCCUAUUUUAACCAAGAUUCUGGCAGGAACAUAUGUUCCUGUGGAUGCUGUUCAACUUUCCAUCAGCACUUUGCAGGUGGUUGUUGCUCCAAUUCUGCUAGGUUCUUAUGCACAGAGCACAUUUCCUGGAGCAGUGAAAGUUGUGACGCCUUUUGCACCACUGCUUGCUGUUCUAGCUUCAUCACUGCUUGCAUGCAGCGUAUUCUCAGAAAAUGUUGUUCGUCUGAAAUCCUCUAUGCUUAGUGCAUCAUUGUCAUCUGGAUUGUCCCCUCUCCAUCGUGCUCAAGCUAUAUUUUCUGGUGAACUGGGUGUUAUAAUACUUUCUGUGCUGUUGUUGCAUUUUGCUGGAUUCUUUGUGGGGUACAUAUCAGCAGCUAUUUCAGGAUUUAAAGAACCCCAACGGCGAGCAAUAUCAAUUGAGGUUGGUAUGCAAAAUUCUUCAUUAGGUGUGGUUUUGGCGACCUCUCAUUUCACUUCGCCAAUGGUUGCAUUACCUCCUGCAAUGUCGGCUGUGAUUAUGAAUAUCAUGGGAAGCAGUUUGGGUUUCAUUUGGAGAUACAUUGAUCCUUCAAAUCCGAAAGAAAGUAGUCCUGAAGUUGACGAUCAGCGACAGUGAGACCCUGUCCCAUUUUAUUGUUGAUUUCUACGAGUGAGCAGCAGGCAGGGUUGAACCUUAAUACUUGAGACAAGUAAAUUUUCAUUAAAUUAAAUAGAAUUUUAUAAUCAACUAAUUACUUUAAAAUACUAUAUUAAGAUUCUAAUAAUAAUUCUUUAGAACUUGAGUAAUUUGCAAUGUAGUGAUUCUAGCCAGUACUUGCAAUUUUUCUCUCCCUCUCCUUUCCUUUUAUAUCUCCUCACCUCUUACCCUAUUCCUCUUUCUUGAUGAACACGUCUGGGAUCCGGCCCAUUUCUGAUCUGGGCCGGUCUUGACCUUCUGUUUCUGUUGAUGAUUGGCCUUUGUCCUUUUCUUUGGGCUGACCUGUGUGUGGCCCAGAUGACUCUUCCUGCCACGUGUAGCCAUUUGGGUGGUACAUGUGCUAAUGAACCAUUGGAGGUUAUUUUGACUCUUCAGGAGUGCCUAAAAUUAGUUCCGGAUCAUCUCAGAAUCAAUAGGGAUUGAUUUAGGGGAGGACCAUGGCCAUUGCACCUUGGGGGUACCCAUUUUUCAGCUUACAGGAAGUUUCCACCGGCUGGUGUAUAUUAGCCGGCUGAUAGCCCAUUUUUAGGCUUGGCAGUGAGUUUGCAUCGCUGGGGGCAUGUUUUGGUCAGCUAACCCUCACAUCAGCCAGAUGAAACAGCACCUUCGGCUGGCUGAUGGAUAGUUGUCGGCCGACCAAAUCUCUUUUUUAUCAACUGGGACGGUUUUGACACACCAAAUUUUAACGGCCAUAACUCACUCAUCUUAGAUACAAAUUAGGUUAUUCUUAUGCUCAAAUUGAAUGUCUUGAAGUCAGCCUUCCAAUGGUACCAACCUCAUUCGAAUACUUCAACCACAGUGAGAGAUAUAACUGUUUUAGUGAGGCUUGGUCAUGAUAUCUCCAAAUUGGACGAAAUCAUUCCUCUUGGGUUUAGAACCUUAUAGGAUGUCUCCAAGUGUUUAGUAUGACCUAAAUGGACUUCGAUUCAUCAUUCAUGCUCACAUUAGCCAUGCGAGCUAAUGCGGGUUUUAGCUUCCGCAUUUCAAACUGUGCAUCGGGUCCGUCUGAGUUUUACCCAUUUAUGCACCGAUUUAUGGAAUUUGAGGCGUGACACUAGAGGCAUGAUACUACCACUUGGAUCUGUAACCUACGUAUUGAUGCUCACGAUCUCAAUAGCAAUAUUGGUAAAUUGGAGGAGAUUUCUUGAAAAGUAUUUAGUACCCAUUUCGGUUAACUCUCCAUCAUCCUUCUUUGGUUGAAUGGCAUGUAUUUUUUUUUACGUUGGCUCGUUUUUCAAUAUCGAAUUCCCUUUUAUGGAUUUAUAACUAUCAAUUACAAAAAAAUCUAUUAUUACAUGUAAA